CUGCCAUAAUGCUAACGUGUGAAAAGCUAAAUGAUCUUUUUGAGUACUCACCUGCGCAGGAACAGGUUGUGUCGUUACUCUUGGAUCACGGAGCUGAAGUGAAUCAACAGGAUUUUUAUGGACGUACUGCGCUUCAUUAUGCAUAUGACACUCAUUCAUAUCCCUCAGAAAAAAAACAACGUGUUGUCAAAAUCCUUAUUCAGCACAACGCAGACAUAUAUCUAAAAGAUUCGUCUGGGCUUUCCGCCAUUGACAUAGCCAAGCGUAAGGGACACGAAUCAUGGUUAAAAACCGAUGAAGCAUCAUCGACAGGGACAUGCUUAAAGAGAGGAAAAACAUCGUGUUCCAUAAACUAGCCAUAAACUUCAUAAGCCUGCUCUAAUCUGAAUUAGUCCCUUAUUCAAAAGAAAGCAAGACUCGUACGAGAAACUAAAGGUCUUUGGGAAAAACUUACAUCUGAUAAAAAUAAAGAACUUUGCUAUUACUUGGAACCCAAAACUAACUUUUGCGACCAAAGCACGUAUAAACUUUCAAUUACCUAGAGAACAAUCGUUCAACUUUUUAUACCAUCCAUGCCAUACCGUACUUAAUUAUUGUCGUAAUCAAGACAGUUGUUGUC